UUGGUUGUGGCGGCUGUUGUUGCUCAGCACGUGCUGGACGCCAAGAAGACAAUUAUGGACGCCAAGACCCGCUCGCCCGAAGUCGUGCUAGCUCGCAUGCUCGCACGCUUCGAGGCCGGCUCCGUGAUCCCGCCCUUCGAGAAAUACCACGUCAAUCGUCCAGAGGCCGUUGCUAUGCUUCAAGGGGUGCUGCGCCCCGCGCUGUUGAAGGACUACACGGUCGUCAUUGGCGAAGUAGGCUGCGGCAAGACCACCGCCGUCCUCGACGCCAUCCGAGCCAACAGCACUGGCAUUGUCUACCACAUCAUCAAAAGCGAGCUCCCCGUUGAUGUGCCGAAACGACUGGCGGGGUCUCUCGCGUUCGCGUUCAACCGGUUCACCUUCACAGCAGGCUACUUCAAAGACCGUGGUGUUGAGAUGCAUCAA